CGCCGCUGGGUGCGGUGUCGGUGUGUCCGGCCCCGCCAUGCUCCGCCUGGGCCCCGCGCUCCUGGCCCGCCUGGCCCGCGCCCCGCUCCGCGCCUCGCUGCGGCCGUGCGGGGUGGCGGCGGCGGGAGGCCAUGGCGAGGAGCAGGAGCGCUUCGUCUUCCUCGAGUACGAGCCGGAGCCGGCUGAGAGGGCGGCGGCGGCGGCGGCGCUACACCGGCUGCGGGAGCUGAAGCCGCGCCGGGAGCUGAAGCUGAAGCCGCGGCGGGCGCGGGGCGCACCGUCGGCAGUGCCGAGCCUGUCCGACCCGUCGGUGCCGCCGAGCGGCGUGAGCUGCUCGGGCUGCGGGGCCGAGCUGCAGUGCGCGGACGGCGGCGCGGCGGGCUUCGUGCCGGCCGAGAGGUACCGCAGCCUCCUGUCCGAGGGCCCCGCGGCGCUGCGCGGCGCCGUGUGCCAGCGGUGCUGGGCGCUGGCGCACCACGGCAGCGCGCUGCGGCUGCGGCUGCCGCCCGAGCAGCACCGCCGCGUGGUGAGCGCGGCCCUGCGCCGCCCGCCGCGCCACGGCCGCGGGCCGCUGCUGCUCUACGUGCUCGAUGUGAUGGAGCUGCCCGACCCCGUGCUGCCGCAGCUGCCGGCGCUGCUGGGCCCCGACGUGCCCGCCGCGGGAGUGCUGGUGGUGGGCAACAAGGUGGACCUGCUGCCCGCAGACUGCCGCGGGCACCUGGGGCGGCUGCGGCAGCGGGUGGCGGCGGCCUGCGCCCGGGCCGGGCUGCGGGGAGCCGCGCUGGUGGACAUCCGCCUGGUGAGCGCCAAGACCGGCUACGGCAUGGAGGGGCUGGUCAGCCGGCUGCAGCGCUCCUGGAAGUGCGCCGGCGAUGUCUACCUGCUGGGCGCCACCAACUCCGGCAAGUCCACGCUCUUCAACACGCUGCUGCGCUCCGACUACUGCAAGUCCCGCGCCCCCGACAUCAUCGACAGGGCCACCGUGUCUCCGUGGCCAGGAACAACACUGAACCUGUUGAAAUUUCCAAUUAUUAACCCUACAUGUGACAGGAUAUUCAGAAGGCAGGAGAGGCUAAAAGAGGAGGCGACAAAAACAGAAGAUCAGCUAAGCAGUGAAGAAAAAAAGUACCUUAAUCAACUUAAAAAGCAAGGUUACCUAGUGGGAAGAGUUGGAAGAACAUUUCAACAGCAGAAGUCUAGUGCUGAGAUUGACUUCGACCCUGACACACUGUCCUACAGCAUGGAUGAAGAUCCUAGAGAUUCCCCUAAGAAGUUUGAGGAAAGGGAGGAGUUCACUCACAACGAAGUGAAGGAUGCUCGGUGGUGUUUUGACACUCCAGGAAUUGUAAAGGAAGACUGUGUUUUGAAUCUCCUAACAGAGAAGGAAGUAAAACUGGUUUUGCCAUCACAUGCCAUUGUUCCACGGACCUUCAUUCUCAAGCCAGGAAUGGUUUUGUUUUUAGCAGCCUUGGGACGUAUAGACUACUUAGAGGGAGAAAAGCCUGCCUGGUUUUCUGUCUUGGCUUCUAACCUGUUGCCAGUCCAUGUUACUACACUGAGUAAUGCAGACACUGUCUAUGAGAAGCAUGCAGCCCAAGAGUUCCUAAAGGUUCCCAUGGGUGGGGAAGAGAGAAUGAAAGAGUUCCCCCCACUUGUCCCUCAGGACAUUACACUGAAGGGAAUUGGUACCACUGAGGCAGUUGCAGAUAUCAAGCUUUCCUCUGCAGGCUGGGUGGCAGUGACGGCUCACGCAGAAGAGGAAUUGCUGCUCCGAGCCUACACGCCCAAGGGCACUGCGUUGGUGGUGAGGGAGCCUCCCCUUCUGCCUUACAUCAGUACCAUCAGAGGGGCCAGGAUCCCAGGCACUCCUGCCUACAGGACCAAAAAGCCUCCUUCCUUUGUGGAAAACCUGAGAACCACUGGAAGCAGAUAGCGCUUUUCAUCACCCAAGCAAGGCAGAAGACAGAACAGCCCCUGAAGAACCUUGUGACUUACUGGUAUUCAGAAAAUGUUGGGACUCAUUUUGAAAGGCCAGCAGGCACAUUUUGGAAAGCAGGGCUUCAGGGAGCUACACAAGUCCACAUGUGAUCCAGCUGCUGAACUGCAGCCAUUUUGAAUGAACUGAGGGGCUGGGACCUAGCUGUGGGAGGAGAAACUGCUUCUCCCUGGGAUCUGCAUCAAUGGGCAGAUCCCUUUACCUGUCCCCUCUUGAAAUACAGGGUGGAACUCACCUGCCUGACCUGGUCUGACUUUGCUGCUCGUGGAGUAGGUGGCUUCUUGCAGAUAUGCUCCCUCAUGUCAGAAAUCAUCACCUUGUUCUUAAGGUGUUUCCAUAGUUAGGGGGUAGAGGGAGUUGGAAGGAGCAGGGAAUGCUCCAGUGUGGGUAUGACCCUCCUAGUGGCUGAUACUGAUUCAACAACAUCGACCAGAAGUGUCCUUUCUCUCCAGCAUCUGGAGCAGAUUGGGGUGUGCAGUAUGCUGCUUUAGGACACAGGAAAAGUGAUUUAAUGAAAAGCAGGUCUGCUCAUGCCUGAAGAGGAAAGUUUUGCAAUUCACUGCUUUGAUUUGGUUUCUGUAGCUUGGGUACAAGUUUUUGAAACCAUGGGUAUAGAAUAAAACUUCUCAAAGAUGAUCUUUUGCUGACCUAGCUGACAAAGCACUCUUUGUGUGGGUAUGAGCAUCUUGCUAAAUGCAUGAAAGCUCCAGUGCAGUAAUAAACAUGCUCAGUCUGCCAAAGGCAGGCAGACUGUGAGAGACACAUGGCCAGUUACUCUUUUUUUGCCUCUUUUUCAGCAGACUAUCUUCUAAUCUUACCAUUUUACUGAUGUUUUCCUCAGUCAGUCCAUUAGUCUCCAGAGGCAGCUCUGCUAUUUUUGGGUCCUUGGCUGUUGUCCUGAAGAAGCCUGGGUGAUCAGCAGAAACCAUUGGCUCAUUCAGCAUCCUCUUCUCACUAUUGUUGCCUGUGGGAUGUAUUGGCAUUCCUUUACUGAAGCCUGUCCCUUUGCCCUGCUCUUUGUUACCCCCCAUUUUCAGCCCAGACCAGCCAUGUGGGUCUGUCUGCAGGGCCGCUCUCUUCCCCUCUGUGAGGCUGCCGGGGCCUCCUGUGGAGCCACUUUCUGUGCUCUGCCACUUCCUCAGCUCUUCCCUGCCCUGCACUGCCGCCUCCUUCCCUGCCUCCCACUCUGGGGGCUGGUGAGAUGGGGUGGGCCAGGUGGGGUCACAGUGGCUUUGAGAAGCGCUGGGUGCCAUGGGGUUUGAAGUUCAGCACUGCCUUGGGGGAGUUCCCUGUCCUUUCUGGGAGCUGCCCAGUUCUCCCUGUGUAGAAAAUCAGUUUUUUUAUGAAGGUCAGUCUGCUGCCAGGGAUUGUGGUUCACGUGUGUUCAGUCUGUGUCUAGAGUUCCUCCUGUACAUUAGACAAAAUAUGUGCACUCUCGCCUUGACUUCUCAGAAAGUCUUUUCUAUUUCUUUCUAGAAGAAAAAAACCCCAAAACUAUGGCAGCACGUUCCUCACUGCACAAGCUGUGACUCACACAGCUCUCCUGUUUUCCUCUGUUUCUCUGUUGUGAAAGCCAGCACAUGUGUGGCCACUCCUGGGGUGUGCUUGGCAAGCAUCAGAGCACAGGCAGCAAGCUCCAGAAUGUGUUUUUGCCAGCAUGGGUAUAUAGGACUGUAGCUGUCUUCCUGGCUGGAUUUCUUUGUGCUGUUGGCAGGCCUCACAUUUGGCUGCCAAAAUUACUGAAGGAGUUACCAGCAGGACUGGUGUGAGGAUUAUCUGUUUUAGCUGUGCUAAUCUUCACCAUGCUGUGAUUUUCAAUCUCCCUUUCACAAAGGGAAAAAACACCAUCUUUUUAAUGUUUAAGAACAAGAUUUUAGAAACUUUCUUUUUUUUUUUUUUUUUUUUGAGAGAUUCUUUUUAAAAUUACUUUUGUGCUGAUGGAAGAGAAAGUGCCACAUUUAUCUCAACUGUUGUAACACACACAGCAAACCAACCCCUGUACAAAUUCUGCCCAUUCUUUUUGAGCAGGUCAUAGAUUUAUCAAGUACUUUCCUUGACUUGCUCAUAGCUAAAUGGAAGAAUCAUGUUGCUUUGUGUAUCUUGAACAUUUUUAAGCUGGCAAGAGGCUAAACAACUUCUUUAUGUGUGUAGAAACAGCAUGAACAGCUCAUGUUGUUCAGUUUAUGUCUUAGGCAAGAUUACUGAGAAUAAUGCAAAAGAAUACUGAGACAGGGACUUCUGCAUCUUGAACAAAAUGCACCAAUCCAAACUUCUUCCUGGAUGAUUUACAUGCAUCAGGUGGUAGUGAGAGAGAAAGAGUAUCAAGAUCUGCCAGAACUGCCACCUUAAUAUCACAACCCAAAAGCAGGUGAAGGUAUUGAAAGGUACCAAAGUGCCACCUAUUCCUUUUCAUCCUUGGCUGUAUGACAGGUGUGGGGAUGAUGUACAUCAUGAGAAGGGACUGGUAGACAACACUUCCCCUCUACACAUCAGAGGUGUGAAAGGCACUGUAGCUUUUGGAGGCAAAAGCCACUGAUGUUCUUGAGGGGAUGAUACAAUUGUGCAGUUGCCUGAAUUGAGAGCUGUGCUUACAGGCCCCAAGAGAAUCCAUCACUCCUGCCUGUCUAGUUCCCAGCUUAAAAGUAGCUUUGGUACUGAUUUCCAUAAAAACAUCCAUUGCUUAGCAUAAUAGUCAUGGGCUGCAGAGGUGAAUACCCCUGGCUCUGCCUUUUUGCUUUGCAAAGUUCUCACACAUAUGGUGGCUUUAGUUCUUCUUGGAGCACUGCCUGGGGUGGUGUCACUGUUCCCAAUGUGAAACAGACUGUAAUUUGCACAGGCUGUUCCUCAAACUUUUAUAGAAGAAUAAAAGUUUGGAUUUGUUUCCAUCACUGAAGUGUCUGGAAAAAGAAAGGAAAAAUGAUUAAGAGCUUUAAACAUUCAAAAAGUGAAGAAGAGGGAAAAAGCUGGAGCAAAUAGAAGAAAAAAAGUAAAUAGCAGAAACUGCCUAAAAGAGGACUGCAUUUAGAGACAACAAGGUUUAAACUUUGUGGUCUUAUGUGCACGUCUUACCACAGGAACAUUUCAAAACUAGGGCCUGGACUUUGGGCCUCGCAGACCUUAGAACAGUUCUAGAAUGGGGUGCAAUUGACAAGUGUUAUGGAAACAGAGGGAAACAUAAAUAGCUAUAGUUUGUCUUCAUGAAACUGUCGGAAAUUUGUCCACAAAAGAAAAAUAUACUACUACAAAUAUACAAAAUAUACAAAAGAAAAAACCACAAAAGAAAAUGUACUGCAUUUGUUUUAAUGGUACACCUGAACUCAGCAAGCAGUUCUUGAGGUCAGAAGCAAUACCUUUACACAUUUACACAUUUACUAAUUGAAAAUAAAAAUAUAACUACAACUUUAGUCCUGGUCUUUCCCUGUGCAUGGUAGAUGGUACUGCAUUUAGUCUGCAAUUAAUAAACAGGUAUAUGGUCACAUGAAUGUUGAAAUUUUAAAUCAGCUAUCUGCAGUUAUAAAAGAGAGAGGUUUUAUUCUACACCUCUAGAACAUUUGGUGUGGCUUUGGUUUAUUUGUCUACAAGAAGAGGAAACCACUUUUACAGUACAUUCUGUAUUUGCAAAACAAGCACAUUUAAUUUUAGGAAAAAAACUUACUGUGAAGUGAGGGAAGCUUGACAUUUUUUCUAAAAGUCAAGGCAGGCAAAGUGAGAGGUUAGAAGCUGGUCCUUGAGCUUCUAAAUGUCAGAUUUGCCAAGACCUUCACAAAAUCCUGCAAAUACAAAAUAUGUUGUAAACAUUAACAAUGGGACAAGAAAAUAACAAUAUAUCAAAUACACAUGCAAAGGUUCUGAGAGUUUGCUGAACCUCUUGCAGUUACGACAAGCAAAGGAAGCACAGGGAAAGAGGAAGAAAAAAAGGUGUAAAAACAUGGUAUCCAACAAAGGGAGGUUAACCUCACAUGCUGUUCAUACUUUGUUACUCUGUAAGGUGAGGGGACCCACAGGCAGAGAGCUUUGAGUAUGUUACUCCUUUUUGUCCAAAGAAAAAGGGAAAUUUAGAGAAGUAAAGGAAAUUCCUCCCAAUAUGUAAUUAGGAAGCAUGCCAGACAGCAUGCAUGCAUCUAAGUCUUUCAAAUUAGUGCCUUAGAGGACAUCUUUUUCCUGAUGUGAACUAUCUGGGAAAUGCAGUAAAUAUCUUUUACUAGAACCUACCAGGCAAUGAACUGACACAGGGAUUCACUGGGCAAAAUUUAAGGUUUAUCUGUGCUGACAAUCCUGCAGAUUUUAAGGUUAGAGGUUUUUGGCUAAAACUGUAGUGGACAGGCAAACACUUUUAAAUCUGAACGUCCAAUCUUUAUGAAUCCAGCGAGCAUUUUGGAAACAAUCAUUUGACAUCCAUAUUACAACCUACCCACUUGUUGCUGGGCUUUGGGCACUCUGGGCUCCCUCCAUGGAACUCCAGACUUGUGGUUACAUCUGUGUGGUGGCUCCCAGGAAUUCUUUUUUGAUAAUACAUAAUUCAGCCUUUUUAAAAGAGCCUGUGACCCUUUGAAAUUCUGUGGUAGUCAGUACUGCUGAGUAUAGAAGUCAUGAAAAGGAAUGAAUCCUUUUGGAAUGAUCCUGUUUUCAGGAUUGCUGGCAUCCAUACAGACAAGGACGAGUGAGGGAAGUGGCAGACUGCCACUUGGUUUAUUGCUGGCAGUCCUGUUUGAGGAGCAGGAACUGGCCAAUUGAGCCAGUUCACAUUAAAUUUCUUCAGGCUGCUCAAUUUAUUUAAAUGCGAUACUGGUGGGAUACAUCCUGAGGAUGACCAACAGUGAUGUCAGAACUUCACAGUAAGGAAAGCUUCUGUGGCGAAGAAGGGAAUGAGCUGUGUGCUGUUUAUGAACAAUUAUGCAAUUGACCCAUUUAAUAUCUUACAGUAAAUCAGUAGGGGCUCUUGUGGGACGAAACCCUCAGCAAAUUAACAAUGUGUAGUGACCUUGACAAAUGAAAACCCUGAGAGCUGGGCUAAGCAUACAGUCAUUGAGAAAGCAGUGGGGAUACUAAUAAGUGGCAUUUAUUAGCCUAACUCCACAAGGACUGACAAAUCCUCUUCUCCCCAUUCCUAAGCCUACAAAAAAAAGGAAAACAAGACAAAGGGGGGUCAGGAGGAGGCUGAGGGCUGUCCGUGCCCUCUGAAAGAGGGAUAUGUAGAGGGGCAUGCUUAAGAAAGACACCAACACUACAGUAAGCCUAGAAAUAAAACAACCAGAAGUAAAAUUUCUGAUGUUUCCCAACAAUGCGGGCCAAAACAUGGUUCCUGUUUGAACCAUUCAGAGACUUAGGUUAGGGUUAUACUUGAUUCUGAAAAGGCAGCCUUUCAGUCAAGUUUUGAUUGAGGGGACUCUAUGGAAUCACUAAAGAGUGCACUGCACUUGUCUGGCUAAUGGAGCAUGAGAGAAGUGAAGCUGAUGGUGGUCAAAGGAGCAGCACACUACAAAUUAAAGGAACUGGCUCAAGUGGAAAUGAACACCACUGAGUGAGCAGAGAACUGUAGUACUCAAGGUUAUCCGUGUGUACAGAUCAUUUCACUGUCAAACUGAAGAUCGUUAAACAUGCCUAACUCUUAGAUAACUAAAUUGAGGUUAAAGUUGUCAUUUAUGCCAAGCAAAGACAAAUUCUAGUAAAACAACAAACUAACAAAACCCAAGCAAGCCCUUCAUCACAUUUUGGGCAGCGUCACUGAAAUUCGAGGUCAACCAACAACAAAAUAACCACAUGUAUAAAUCCUUAGAACACUACUUUAAAGGGAAAGUAUGCAUUAGGUUCACCUAGUUAUGAAAAGAACAUAUUGCUGCCCGUGAUUGUAAUUUUUGAAAAUUAUGUUCUUUUCAGUGUUAACAUGUUUAUCUUGAACUACAUUAUUAACAUACAUUGGUAAAUGUAUGCUUGCACCAAUCUAUUUCCAGUCUUGGGUUAGGACUAAUGUACGUGACAGAAUCUAAGUGUUAGGAAAGUGACAUCAUUCCAUCUUCUGCCAACAGGUCAGCUUUUGAAAAAGCAUAAGGAAUAAUACAUAUGCUUCUGAUAUUCAACAAUCUGUCAAAAAAAAGGUUUAUGUUGUUUUGAGUCCUCCUGAAAUUGCAUCACAUUAACAUCAAACCUCAAAAACAUUUGUCGUGCUGGUAAGAAAAUGAAGACCUAGAUGGAAAUGGAUAUAGGUUUAAAAGAAAGGAAAACCUUCUCUUUUAUUGCUUUUAAUCUUCUAACUUCAAUUAAAAUGAUUUCUAAGAGAGAUGCCAGAGGCCGCCUGAAGGAAAUACAUUUUCUGUUGACAACAGUG